CCGGAUGCCCUGCGCACUGCCGCGUCUUCCUGGACUGUCCCCAGCCCUUCCACAGAAGUCACACUGGUAGCCUCGGUCCCUUUAAGAGGUCUGCGCACCGGGCUUCCUUCCGCUAUGGCCGCUCAGCUGCUGGAGGAGGACCAGGUGACUUGCUCCAUCUGCCUAGGUCGCUACCGGGACCCAGUGACGCUGCCCUGCGGGCACAGCUUCUGCGGGAACUGCAUCCAGGAUUCGUGGCGCCGCUGCGACGAGAAGACAUGCCCCGAGUGUCGCCAGCCCUUCCCCGAGGGCGCCAAGCUGAGCCGCAACGUAGCGCUGAGCAACUUGCUGCAGGCGCUGCCCAGCGUUCUGCAGGCACAGCCCGCCGCCAUCCCGCGCCGGGACAGCGCCACGGGUCACAGCGCUCGCUGCCCGCGCCACGGGAGGCCGCUCGAGUUCUUCUGUCGCACGGAGGGUCUCUGCGUGUGCAGUGCGUGCACGGUGCACGACUGCAGCCACCACGAGAGGGCACUGCUGGACGUGGAGCGCCGCGCACGCGAGGACCAGCUGAGAGCUAGGGUACGGGUUACCCGGCAACAGGUCACCCGGGCAGAGACCCAGCUUCAAGAGCUGCAGCAGCAAAGCAGUCGGAUUGAGAGUUCAGCCUCCACCCUGGCCUCAGUAGUCUCCAGGAGAUUCAGUAGCCUGCUUCAGGUGCUGGAGAAGCAGCAGGCCUCAACACUGGGUGAUAUAGAGGUAGCCAAGAAACAGGCGCUGGACCAAGUUGUGAAUGAGAAACAGCGACUGACUGACCACCUAAAAGCCUUGUCUCAGUAUGACCACAGUGUGCAGGAUCUCCUGGGGCAGGUGGAUGACUAUAUCUUCUUCCAGGAGUUACAGCAGCUCCCUGAGCCUACAGAGUCCCUCAGUCCACUGAGCUCUCCACAGUGGGAUGACGAGCAGCUACUGAACAACGUGAACCAGCUGCUUAGCCCUCUCUGUGCGCUCCUCCUCGGAGAGAAGAACCUCCCUAAGGCAGCAGUCAAAGCGGCCGAUGCCAGCCCCAUGGAGGCUUUGGGUCCCCUGUCACCAGUCCCCAGCACAGUGUGUCCACUGAGGAAGAAGCUCUGGCAAAAUUAUCGCAACCUGACUUUUGACCCAGAGACUGCCAACCAGUAUUUGCACUUGUCUCACAAGGACCAGCAGGUGACACACCAUUUCCAGGCCCAGGGCCCAGCCAGGUCAGGCAGCUUUGAGCUGUGGCAGGUGCAGUGUACCCAGAGUUUUCAGACUGGACAACACUACUGGGAGGUACGCGCCUCUGAUCACUCCGUCACUCUGGGCGUCACCUACCCAAAGCUGUCACGCCAAAAACUGGGGGCCCAUACGGAUAACAUCGGUCGUGGACCCUACUCCUGGGGCCUCUGCAUCCAGGAGGACAGUAUCCAGGCCUGGCACAACGGCAAAUCUCGACGUCUGCAUGGAGUACCUGGACGACUCCUGGGCAUAGAUUUGAACUUGACCUCUGGGCGCCUGACCUUCUACAGUCUGGAACCACACACACAACAGCUGCACACUUUCUACGCUGUUUUCAGCCAGCCUCUCUUCCCUGUCUUCUGGCUCCUUGAGGGGAGGACCCUUACUCUUUGCCAUCAGCCUGAGGCCAAGCUCCCUCCAAGGCCCCAGGAGGAGGCCACAGCACCCAGCUGAGGAAGGCACAGACAGGCACCACCGUGCCUGUGUGCCCAGAAGUGGCUCAGCCUCUGACCUGGAGACCAAAGGCCAAUCUUCUAGAAGGAACAGCUGUAGGCCUCUCUGUUGACUCAGAGGAUAGGGAGAGGAGCCCCUAAAUCAAACUUUACUUUUUACUCUCUUUGAAGGGGCCAGGGACCAGAAAGAAAUUAAAUAGGAAGCCCCAGCUCUAAGCAAGAACCAAGUCCUGACACUGCCUGGACAUCUAUCUUAGUUACUGUUCUAUUGCUGUGAAGAGACACCAUGACUAAGGCAACUCUCGUAGAAGAAAGCCUUUAACCCAGGGCUUGCUUACAGUUUUAGAAGUUUAGUCCAUGAUUAUCAUGGUGGGAAGCAGACAGGCAUGGCGCUGGAGCAGUAGCUGAGAGCUUUACAU